AAGGAGAAAACUUUUUUUUUUUUGUAACAAGAAAAGGAGAAAGCUUCAAUCUCAAGCAGUGAUUCUAAAUUUCCAAUUCUAAUUUCUAAAUAAAAGGAAGAAAUGGAUAAAGCUUAAGUAUCAACCAGUAUUGUUUUUAGGGACAAAGCUUAAAGUUCAAGCAGUAUAUUGUCAGCAACGAAAAGGUUUAAAUAGUGGCAGAACAAACUAGAGCUUCACCCGUUGCUAGUUGCACUCACGUACUUCGAUUCCUCCCAGAUAUUCUUACUCCCCAUUUAGGUUUCUUUUUUUUGGUGUCCCAACAACGUUUUUUCAUAUAUCCAAUACUGUGCUUAGGUUUGCACAUUUGUGUGGGGGCUUAAUUAUCGUUCCCUAAAGCAAGAAACUUAAAAAAGAAAUGAUUUUUUGAUUCCUUUUUGUUGUUUCAUGUGAAUUGCUAACAUGGGUCGUGGUGAUUUUGCAAUUUUGAUGUAAACUAGGGUGGUGCUGUUUCGUAUUCUUUUUAUUGGCGGCAAAAUGCCAGAAGAUAUUGUUUACCAACACCCUUUGUUUGGUGGCAAAAUAGCUAGCACAUUCCCCCACAGAUUCCAGGAUGUCAGCAAUAUUCGACAAGUCCCUGAUCAUCAGGAGGUAUUUGCGGAUCCGAGCCACGAUGAAAGCUUGAUCUUUGAGCUUUUAGAAUUCAAGCCUGAUGUUGCUGAUAAUGGGAGUGCUGCAUGGUUUCUUCAAGACCUUGCUACUGAACAGGAUGCUGAAGGAAGUGUGGUUAUUGAGCAGUCAGGAGUUCUUGAAGCACCUGGUUUGAUGUACAAGAAUAUGCCUGCAGUUGUAAUAACUGCAGUGGGUCAAAUGGCAAUUUCUAAAGGACGGCAAGGAAGGGAAGCACAAAAUUUUGUGAAAGUUUAUUUGGCAAAUUUGCAUCUUAAAGGAGUUGAUACUGAUGUACUAGUCACUGCAUAUGAGCCCAUUGUUAUAAACCCUUUUAGCGAAAGUGCGGACACAGUUGGUGCUGGUGUAGCUGUUCCAGCUGCUCAAGCUGGAUGCAUGCCCAUGGAAGAGGUCUUUAAACUUGCUGUUACAAGCUUCAGGGUUCAUGACUGGGGUCUUUUCUGAUCCAAGACCAUGCUGGGAGCAAGUUAAUGCUCAGCUAUGUGGAGUUCAGGCUUAAACAUUUUUAUUUGAGCAAAACAUUUGGAAAAGUAGGGGCAAAUACCAUUUUGAUCACUGUAUAUUCCUCAUGUGAUUUUCUCUUUGGUCCAUAAGUACUCUUUUAUUUUUGGCAUUUGGUCAUAUUUCAUCUAGUUAUUAACUUAUCAGGAUUGUCACUUGUAACUUGAGAGAAUAAUGUGUUUGGAAAUGUGAGUGACUUUUUUCCUUUUACAAGGUGCUGGAUUGCAGUUUUUAAUAAUAAUUGUUCACAUUGCUUUU